AAAAGCAGUUUCUGUGGGUGAUAGAAAGAGUCCAGAUGAUCUUCCAAGAAGACGAAAUUUCACAGACCCACCACCAACACUGAUGUAGGAGGCCUGUUAACUCAAUACUGGAAGCUUUUUGUCUCUUUUCUUAGGCAACUGUGUGAAUAUAGGAAUCCCAGCGCUCCUUUUCUUCCAAAACGGAGCAGGGAGUCAAACGUCAGCAACAACAGUGACAACUCCUGUCUCAGCUGCCAUGGAGUUUCUUGAGAGAACUUACCUUGUGAACGACCAAGCCACCAAGAGGUACACCUUCACUCUAGACAGAGAACUUCAACAGAAACCUGUGAAUAAAGAUCAGUGUCCUGGAGACAGGCCAGAGCCGCCAGAGGCAGGAGGCAUCUAUCACUGCCACAGCAGCUUCAAGGCCACAGAGAACAGGUCGAGCAAGCAGGUGCAUGCCAAGUGGAGACUCUGUGCUGCUUCAGUGAUAUGCUUCAUCUUUAUGGUGGCAGAGGUGGUCGGUGGAUACGUUGCUGGGAGUCUAGCUAUCCUCACUGAUGCUGCUCAUCUCUUAAUUGACCUGACGAGUUUCCUGCUCAGUCUCUUUUCCUUAUGGUUGUCAUCACGGCCUCCCUCCAAACGGCUGACCUUUGGGUGGUACCGAGCAGAGAUCCUUGGUGCCCUGCUGUCUGUCCUUUGCAUCUGGGUGGUGUCUGGUGUGUUGGUGUACCUUGCCUGUGAGCGCCUGGUGUAUCCUGAUUACCAGAUUCAAGCAAGCAUCAUGAUCAUUGUUUCAGGCUGUGCAGUGGCAGCCAACAUUGUACUAACUGCAAUCCUGCACCAACGGCACCUUGGCCACAACCACAAGGAUGUACAAGCUAAUGCCAGUGUCAGAGCAGCUUUUGUGCACGCCCUUGGGGAUGUAUUUCAGAGCAUCAGUGUGCUAAUUAGUGCUCUCAUUAUCUACUUUAAGCCAGACUACAAAAUUGCUGAUCCAGUGUGCACAUUUAUCUUUUCCAUCCUGGUUUUGGUCAGUACCAUCAUGAUCUUAAAAGACUUCUCCAUCUUACUCAUGGAAGGUGUUCCAAAGGGCCUGAGUUACAACAGUGUGAAAGAGCUCAUCCUCGCAGUUGAUGGUGUGAUGUCUGUACACAGCCUGCACAUCUGGUCGCUUACAGUGAACCAAGUGAUUCUCUCUGUUCAUGUUGCUACAGCUGCUAGCCAGGACAGCCAGUCAGUCCGGACAGGGAUUGCCAGAGCCCUCAGCACUAGCUUUGACCUGCACUCCCUCACCAUUCAAAUAGAAUCUGCAUCAGACCAGGAUCCCAGCUGCCUUUUCUGUGAAGACCCACAGGACUAGCUCAGCCACACUGCCAGCUUCCUGUGUCUCACAGGCCAUGAGAAACUGCUGUAAAGUUUCGGUAACAGACAGUUAAGCAACCAGCGAAAUAGAUAUGAGCAAGUCACGGCAAUGUAACAUGCAUGUUCUUCUUUUUUAUUUAUCCACACCCACCAUGAAUGAAGAUGUACGAGAUUCAUCAGUUUCUUGGAUUAUAUCAUAAUCAGUAGUUGUUUCCAAUCAUAGGAAUAUAUACAGAGAUUAAUCCUAACUGGGAAAUGAAAUAGCAGAUGUUUGCAACCACAGGUAAUAAAUAAAUGGUUCACUUCCCUACAAUAAUGGGUAUACCUGAAUUCAGGAAUGCCUUUCCAGGGAUCUUCAGCAUGAGACACAAAUAUUUGGACAGAAUCUUGAGGCAUUAGAACUCGACUCUUCCACCAUCUCCAAACAGACAUUCAUUAUUUACGAAAUGGUAGAAUUCCCUCUUUUAAUCCUGCAUGUAAAUUACGAUGCUAUAUGUGUAAACUACUGAAUUCUAUUUUAGUUCUCUCUGCAAAGGGUAUGGGAAAAGGAAAAAGUUCUGAAAUUGCUAGCUUUUGAAUGUUUUCAUAAAUUGUAAUUUAAUAAUGCAAGAAAACGAGGAGGCACAGAACAGGAUAUUUCUUAUCCAGGUCACAGGGAAAGGACUUAAGUCAAAGAAUUAAGAUAAAUGUCAAGUUUUGCACAAUAUUUAUAAAUCACUGUUCUUCAAUCUGUACUGCAUUUUCUAACAGUAUAACUUUUAGAAUUUCAACUUAAUACUAUUAUUAUAUAGAUAAAACAAAAAAUCAAAGAGGAUAGGUAAUUUUAAAAUGUUAUUUUUUCACUCAUUCAAAAGGUAUUUUUUGAUACCAGACUUAGGAUGAGGACUGGGGAAUAGCUUUGUUUUUUAUUUCUGUAAUUGAAUUACACCAGGUAACGGAAAAAGAAAGUUUAUGUGGCCUAUGGCUCUGGAGGCUGGGAAGCCUCUUCAUGAGCAGUAGCUUUGGGGGAUGGUAAUAGAUGUUCACAGAGUCCCUAGGCAGGGCAGAGCAUCACAGGAUGCGAGGACUAAACAUCCUGGCUUACUUCUUGCCCUUCUUUGUACAAAGCCACAGUCCCACUUAAUUAGUGCCCCAUCUUUGUGUUCUCAUUGGACAUUCCCUCCCCAAGGUUCCACCACCCCAAACCACAGUCAGGGUGGGCUUCUACCUCAUGAGUCCCCCAGGAGCAUUACAUUUCAGUGUUAGCUUUAGUGGGGUUGUUCAAACUGUCAUCAGUGAAUGAAGCUGACGUAACACUUGCCCUUACAGAGUUCUUUUUUUCCUUUCGUGGUGGAGACAGACUGUGUAUAGAUGAAGACAACUGAGAAACGCUAGAAGAACUAGCCAGUGAUGCAAAGACAGACUGUGAGAUUGAGGCAGGUCAAUGAAAAAUUUCUCAGAGAAACCAGCAUCUCAGCUGAGAUGGGAACAAAAAAAAUAUGUGCUAAUUAGGUGGGAUGUAGGAGGAGCCAGGUUCUAGAAGAAUCAAAUCAGUGAGUAAGCACCCUGAAGAACUUGGGGAAGGCCCUUGUUGCCAAUGGUGCACUAUACAGGUGCAUUAAAGACUGUGACAUAAAGGAAGCUGGAGAGAGAAGCAAGCCAAGUCAGAAUGCAAGAUCUACCUUCCCCUUGUGCUUACCUAUGCUUUCACUUUGAAUGUAUUUUCCUGUGUACUCUGUUCUCUCCCACCCACCCCCUCUCUCUUAUUUUGACGAAAUAAUCUGUUUCAACAGUUGGUCAUUACUGCAUAUGUGUGUACCAAUUAUUAGUUUGUAUUACUCAUAAGAAUAUGAUAAAUAAAAUGUGGAGUUUGAGA